UUCGAACUUCAUGUAUGCGCACUUUUUCAGUCCUGGAGGAAUUUCAUAUGGCCGAAAAGGGGUGUGUGGGACUGUUUACAUUCCGAAUGACAACAAAUGUAGGAGGUAUUUAGUCUAAAUUGUGAGGAACGGUGCCAUCGUGGGUUACAACUUCAUUAGUAAAGAACAACACCAGUCGAUGUUACUAACAUGGCCGAGGAUAGCGAAUGGGUCUUGGAGAGCAUUGUUGGAUACCUUGGAAGUCCAGAAUGGGUGAUACCAGUUACCGACUUUAUGGAAAAUAAGUGCACAGUGUUUGAUGAUGAAGACGAGAACAAAUUGACUUACACAGAAAUACACCAGCAAUACAAAGAAUUGGUGGAGAAGUUGCUAGAAAGCUACAUGCAAGAAGUGGGCAUCAAUGAGCAGCAGUUUGUGGAAGCAUGCGCUUCUCCUUUUGCAAAAUCCAAAACAUUGCAGAGUGUAUUCCAUCCGGUUCUGGCUACAGAUGACUUCCAGAUGUUUCGAUCCCUGAUGGUACAAAAGAAUAUGGAGCUUCAGCUGCAGGCCUUGCGUGUGAUAAAAGAGAGGAAUGGUGCCCUGCCAGAGUGUUUGAUGGAUGGAGAGGAUGUUAUGAGCGAGCUGGAACAACAGGAGAUGAAGAUUUUACAGGAGGUGCUCAAGAGGUCAAAGGAGGAGUACGACAUGGAGAUGGCUCGCCGGACUCAGUUGGAGGAGGAACUUGGAACCACGUCCAGCAGUUGCUCUAUCCUGUCUGUGCCCAACGGAACUGACACCGGUCCUCACCAGGACUUGUCCCUCUCGUCCCCCUCACUGUCGGCCAACAGCGUCAGCAAGACAAGCAACACCGCAGCAAAGAAAGAGGAGAAGAUAGUGGCGUCUGCACAAGUAGAUAAGGCCCAGAAGAGUCCAGCCAAGACAGGUGCCGCCAACCCUGCCAAACCGCCCGCAGGGAAAGGGAGUACUGAUGGAAAGACUCUCCCUGCUGUGAGAGCCCCGGUGAAGGGCACAGAGGCUCCUGUCUCGCCCAAAGAGAAGAGCAGCAGCAACAGCAACAGCCAGGCAGCCGAGAGCUGGCUGGAGGAGGCUCGGAAGGAAGCUGGUAUCUCUAAGCCAUUUACGGAGUUGUCGGCAUCCCAGCAGGAGCAGCUCCAGCAGAGGGCGCUGUAUCUGAGACAGCAGCGCGACAAGCUGCAGGCCCUGAAGAAGGAGCAGCAGCGGCCCAAACAGACCCGACCCGAGGAGCCGCUGGCUGCCCCCACUGCUGCACCCAGCACACAGGAAAUAUCAGUAGAGGAAAGAAAGAAGUUACAGAAACGGAAACACCUAGCCGAAAAAUUAAAAGAAGAGGUCAUCAAGAAGUAGCUCCUCCAUUCCGUAGCCCUUCUUGGCCACUGAGAGAUUAUUGUUUUAAAAUGAACUACAAAUACACCAGGAGACUGGAGGAGAUUGCCAUUAAACUACAGCAUUUCAAAACUGGUAUUUAUGUAGAUGUAAUUUAAAUUAUGCAUUCUAUCUAUGUAAAACAUAUAUGCUAAUGCUAUGUUAAAUAAUUUUAUAUACUCCCUUUUUUCAUUUUGCAAAAGUAUGAAAGUAGUAUAUGAAUUCAACCAAGGAUCGAUACUGGAUACUGUUCAUCAGUAGGCAUAUGUCUUCAUUCCUCUGAUAUAGCAAAUCUAUGUCACAUGUCGUUCAUAGCUGGCCUGUUAUAUGCAGUCUUCAGGCUCACACACACUGAGGGAUACAAUAACAUUAAGUCUAAGUGCUGCCAUGUGUUUGUUUUGAUUUGGUGGCCUGAUCUGCAUAUGUGCUGUCAUUGAGUAAUGCUGUAAGUUGUUUAAGUUGUUUUUUGUAAAUAUUGUAUAUUCUGGUUUGACUAUACCGUGUUGGUAAGGUAAGCAUCAUGUCUUGAGUUCAUUGUCUUGGGGACGCAAUUAUGUAUUGUCAUUCAAAUUGCACAUCUGUGAUAUGCAAAUAAAGAAUAGUUACUCUUUGGCUAUAA